AUGUUGGCACAUCGGACGAGUUCGUCGUUUGUGCUGGGCGUGACGCGUCUUCAGGCUUUCUUGCCAUGCCCACUAGCCAGACUCAGCACCACGCAGAAGGACAGCGGUGUCGUUCUCAACGAGUCCGACCUGGAGGAGACAUUCAUCCACGGCUGGGGUCCCGGCGGUCAGGCGAUCAACAAAACCGCCAAUUGCGUCUUCCUCAAGCACCUUCCCACUGGCCUCAGUGUCAAGUGUCAGGAUGGAAGGGACCUCCAGUUAAAUAGGGCGAUCGCCCGAAAACGCCUGCAACAGCGGCUGGAUGAGUACUUCAAAGGAAGCGAGAGUGAUAUCGCGCGCAAGCGGAGAGAACUCCAGGCCAAAGAGAAUAAUCGCUACUCUCGAGCUAAACGGCGUCUUGAAAUGAAGUCAGCUUUCAAAGAAGCCAUCAGGUCGCGCAGCAUUUUUCCUGAUGGCGACAACAUCAGCAAAUGA